CUAUCGGAGCUUGUCAAUGUGGAAAGUUAUGGGGACUGGAUACAUCUGGUUGCUGAAUUUACUUUGCGAUCUUUGCAGUCUUGGCAGUGGGCUAGCAGCAGCGUUUACUACCUUCUUGGGCUGUGGUCUAGAUUGGUUUCGUCGGUUCCAUAUUUGAAGGGAGACACACCAAGCCUGCUUAGUGAUUUUGUGCCAGAGAUUGUCAAAAGUUUUAUCACAUCUCGAUUUGGUUCCUUUCAGGGUGAAGUUUCUGAUCUCUCAGAGAACCCCCUUGACAAUGUCGAACUUCUUCAAGAUCAGCUCGACUGCCUUCCUAAUCUUUGCAGAUUUCAGUAUGAGAGCUGUAGCUCAUACAUUAUGCAGAUUACUGAUCCUCUGCUUCAGAUGUAUAUGGAAUCUGCUGAGCCCCAGGUUCUAACAGUGGUGGAAACAAAAUUUGCUUGGAUAGUUCACAUUAUUGCAGCUAUUGUUAAGACUAAGCAGCUUAGUGGAUACAGUGGCGAAUGUCAAGAAAUCCAUGAUGCAGAACUUUCAGCACGUGUACUGCGGUUGAUAAAUGUUACUGAUAGUGGUUUAUGCAGUCAGAGAUAUGCAGAAACAACCAAACAACGCCUUGAUCUAGCUAUUCUUGUGUUCUUCCAGAACUUCAGAAAGUCGUAUGUUGGAGAUCAGGCAAUACAUUCAUCUAAGCAACUAUAUACUAAAUUGGCUGAGCUUCUUGGGCUCCAUGAUCAUCUGCUUAUAUUGAAUCUCAUUGUUGGGAAGAUAGCAACGAAUCUUAAGUUUUACAGAGAGAGUGAUGGAGUUAUCAGUCAAACAUUAAAUCUCAUGUUGGAAAUGGCGUCUGGAUAUAUGACUGCAAAACUUCUGGUAAAGUUGGAUACCACUCAAUUAAUAAUCUCCAAUCGGAAUAGGGAAGAAUUCCCCUUUUUGGGGGACUACAGGUGCUCUCGUAGUAGAACUACCUUCUACUAUAUUAUUGGCUUAUUGAUCUUCAUGGAAGAUAGCUUUUUGAAAUUUAAAGCAUCAAUGGAUCCACUUCUGCAGGUCUUGCUCAGUUUGGAAUUGAUACCAGAUGCCUUGUUUCACACUGAUGAUGUUAAACAAGCAUUAAUUGGGUUGAUGAGGGAUCUUAGAGGAAUUGCAAUGGCUACAAGCAGCCGAAGGACAUACGGUUUUCUAUUUGAUUGGUUAUAUCCAGCACAUAUUCCUCUUCUUCUCAAGGCCAUAACAAUAUGGGCAGACACCCCAGAGGUGACAACACCAUUACUUAAAUUCGUAGCAGAGUUUGUGCUGAACAAGUCCCAACGACUGAAUUUUGAAACUUCAUCUCCCUGUGGCAUUCUUCUUUUUCGUGAAGUCAGCAAAUUGAUUGUUGCAUAUGGAUCCAGAAUUCUCUCUCUGCCUAAUCAUGUUGAUAUGUAUCAGUUCAAAUAUAAGGGUGUUUGGAUUUCCUUGACUAUUCUUUCAAGAGCACUUGCUGGUAACUACGUCAAUUUUGGGGUGUUUGAGAUUUAUGGAGACAGAGCGCUUGCAGAUGCUUUUGACAUAGCUAUGAGGAUGACACUAUCUAUUCCUUUGGCAGAUAUACUCUCGUACAGAAAGGUUUCAGGAGCUUACUUCACAUUUCUGGAGAUCAUGAUGAAAAACCAGAUCCAGUUGAUACUUAACUUGGACUCAAGUAGCUUUACAUUUAUUGCUGGAUCUCUCGAGUCUGGACUUAAAGUACUGGAUGAAAAUAUCAAAUCACAGUGUGCAUCUGCGGUGGACAACUUGGCUACAUUUUAUUUCGAACACAUAACAACUGGAGAGUCACCUACCACCCCUGUGGCGCUUAACCUGGCGCAGCAUUUAGCAGACUGUCCAAACACAUUUCUUGAAAUAUUGAAGACUCUGUUGGAGAUUGUUCUAUUUGAAGAUUGUGGCAACCAGUGGAGCCUAAGUCGACCGAUGCUGAGUAUGAUACUCAUUAGCGAAGAGAUGUUCUCAAACUUAAGAGCUCAGAUUUUGUCUUCACAGCCAACAGACCAACAACACCGUCUUUCACUGUGCUUUGACAAACUUAUGGCUGACAUAACUCGAAGCUUGGAUCAGAAGAACAGAGAUAAGUUCUCCAACAAUCUGACUAGAUUCAGGAAUGAGUUCCGAACCAGAUAAUCACAGUGAUAUCAGCAAGUGGUGAAUCCCUUUUAACAUACAUACCAGCCUUCCAUGCACCUGCCCAAGCACAUACAAAAAGAAAAGACGUCACAGGGGAAGGGAGAGCCAAGGAAAAACAAACAUGAAAAAUAAUUUCAAGAAAAAUGAAAUAGUGAAGUUGGCUGAAGUUUUGUUCUCCCUUUGUUUUUCCCCAGUGGGUGAAAUGCAUUCUGGGAGGUGAUUUCUGUCAUAUUUUCCUAAAUCCGUGCUGUAAUUUUUGUCACAACAGUGUACAGUCCAACAACUGAAGAUCUUUCUUUUUGCUAUUAAGAAUUUGUAGAUGAGCAUCGUGCUAGAUUAUAGGAAUCUAUUGGUGUAAUGGUAUUACCGAUGCAUUAGCUAUAGAAUAGUUUCAUGCUAA